AUGUCUUUAAUAUUAAACUAAAUCAAUAAGGAUAAUGUGAAACUUGAAAAAGAUUGUAGUAUAACUAUGGGAGUGUUAAUUAUAUUAGAAAUUAGUGAAAUAAUAAUUUGAUAUUUUAAAAUUAUAGAAGAAUGAUGCAUCUUUAGAAAUAAUAAUGUUAUAAAAAUGGUAAUUGAAACUAAAAAUGUUUUUGAAAAUGGAUGCAAAGUUAAUUAUACAAAUAUUUUGGAUUUUAUUUGAGAUGAUAUAUAUAUAACUAUUCAUAAAAAUAAGGUAUGAUUGA